AUGGCACCCGCCGCUAGCGCCCCCGGCCCGGCCCGGCCCCGCGCCGCCGCCGCCGCGCUCGCCCCAGUCCUCCUCCUUCUUCUGUCACUGCCCUUCCGGCCGGGGGGAGGCGGCGCCGUCACCGCGGCCCUGAGCGAUGCGUACCGAGACCUGUGCAGUUACACGUGGCAAGCAAUUGAUGUGGACAAACAGGUGCUUUAUCGUAUUAACCUCUGCUUUGCUGUCCAAGACUGUGGAAAAUCAAGUGCAGUCUGUGCAUAUGAUGUCAAGAAGAAGACCUAUCAGUCUGUAGGUGACUUAAGCUUGAAAAAAGUUUCUGAAAGCCUUGUGGAACUCAACACUACAAAUAGCUGCUUGCAGCAAGGCAGUAAGCACCAAAUUCAAAGCAACAUUAACUUUCUGUGUGGGAAAACGCUGGGUACCCCUGAAUUUGUAAUGGCAACAGAGUGUGUGCACUAUUUUGAAUGGAGGACCUUUGUGGCUUGCAAGAAGGAUUUGUUUAAACCUAUGAAAGAGGUCCCUUGCUAUGUUGUUGAUGAAGACUUGAAGAAACAUGACUUGAGUCCUCUUAUCAAAGUUUCAGGACACUACUUGGUGGAUGAUUCUGAUGAGGAUUCCUUGUUCAUAAAUAUCUGCAGAGAUUUAGGAAGUUCAGGUGGUGAGACCAGAGGCUGCCCUGCUGGGAGUGCUGCUUGCUUGUUGCACAAAGGUCAGGCAUAUGAUGUUGGCCAUCCAAAUGAGCAGCUUAAACUUCAUGACAAGGAGAGGCUGGUAUUGCGUUAUGAGAAAACAUACAGUGAUGAAGAAAGGCCAGACUUUUGCCUGGGCCAUAACCCUGCAGUGACAAUCACUUUUGUUUGCCCAUCAAAAAGGGGAGAGGAGAGUGCAGGUCCCAAACUCACAGCGAAAACAAAUUGCCGGUAUGAAGUUGAGUGGGUUACUGAGUAUGCCUGUCACAGGGAUUACCUGGAGAGUAAGAGCUGCCUUCUGACUAAUGAGCAACAUGAUAUUUCCAUUGAUUUAAGGCCACUUACUCAACUUCCAGAUUAUGUCACACCCUAUUUUGCCAAAGAUCAGAAUGAGGAAUAUUACUAUUAUUUGAAUGUAUGUGGGAAAACCACUGCAGGUAACUGUAAGGACAGCACUGGAUACACUUCAUCAUGCCAAGUGAAAUCUUCAACCAACCAGCAAAAAGUGGCAGGAAGAUUUCAGAAUCAAACCCUAAGGUACUCUGAUGGGGACCUCACUUUAAUUUAUCCAAAUGGAGAUGCAUGUAGUUCUGGCUUUCAGAGAAUGACUGUCAUAAACUUUGAGUGCAAUGAAACAGCAGGUAACGAAGGUAGAGGCUCUCCAGUGUUUACUGGUGAAGUGGACUGCACCUAUUUUUUCACUUGGGAUACAAAAUAUGCAUGUGUUAAAGAGAAAGAAGAUCUCCUUUGCCGAGUUACUGAUAAGAGAAAACACUAUGACUUGUCACCUUUGAUCCGUGACUCAGAGUUAGCCCAGAACUGGGAAGCUGUUGACAGCAGUUUCUCAGAACUAGAGAGGAAACAUUAUUACAUCAAUGUCUGCCAUAAAGUACUGAAGAGAGGACGAGCGUCCAACUGCUCAGAUACUGCUGCCAUCUGCUCUGUGGAUAAACAAAACAAGACUACAAAUCUUGGAACGUUUGUAUCUUCUCCUAAAAAGGUUGGAGAAAAUAUUCAACUUAUCUAUUCAAAUGGAGACAGCUGUGGUGGUGGCAAAAAAAUCAAAACUGUCAUCAAUCUAGUGUGCACACCAGGUGAUCUAGAAAGUGCCCCAAUCUUGAUGUCUGAGGGUGUAUGUUUGUUUGCAUUUGACUGGUAUACUGCUGCUGCAUGUGUCCUGUCUAAAACUGAAGGAGAUAACUGCCAAGUCUCAGAUCUUCAGGCAGGCUUCUCUUUUGAUUUAUCACCUCUUGCCAAGGACAAUGGCUACUACGUAGUUAAUACUACCAACUACUUGUUUUACAUAAAUGUCUGUGGCAGUGUGCCCAGUGAGUUUUGUGGCACACAAUCAGCAGCCUGCCAAGUAACAACACAAAGUAAGGAUGAAUUUUGGAGUCUUGGGCUGCCCAGUUCCAGACUUUCAUAUUAUGAUGGUCUGAUUCAGUUGACCUACAAAAAUGGUACAGCAUACAAUGAUGAGAAGAAAACACAGCGAUCUACCCUUAUAACUUUCCUGUGUGACCAACAGGCUGGAAAAGGUCAGCCUGAAUAUCAGACAGAAGAUAACUAUACAUACAACUUCAGGUGGUACACUGAAUAUGCUUGUCCAGAAAUGCCAGUGGAAUGUGUUGUGACUGAUCCCAACACCAUGGACCAGUAUGACCUGUCAAGAUUAGCAAAGUCUGAGAAGAGAGGUGAGAACUGGUAUGCCAUGGACAAUUCUAGACUGAGUGAGCGCAAGAAGUACUACAUCAACGUCUGUCGGCCGCUGAUUCCUGUCCCGGGAUGUGACCGACGAGCAUCUGUCUGUCAGAUGAAAUACCAGUAUGAUCAUGGUUCUUACUCUGAAGUCACCUCUAUUAGUAAUCUUGGUGUUGCCAGCAAUGGACUAGUAGUUGAAAGACCUGGACAUGUUUAUCUAAGCUAUGCAAAUGGCUCUGUAUGCAUUGAUGCUGAUGGAAAGAAUUCAGUCUAUACCACCAUCAUCCACUUCGUCUGUUCCAGGGGCACUCUUAGCAGCAGCCCACAGUUCAUAGGUGUUCAGGAAUGUGUUACCACCUUCAUCUGGGAAACUGAGGCUGCUUGUCCCAUAAAGGAAACAAAAGAUGAUUCUCAGUCCUGCUCUGUACGAGAUCCAAACACUGGCUUCCUCUUCAACCUGCAGCCACUAGCUUCUGCAAAAGGCUAUAUGGCUACCGGCAUUGGGAAGAAGUUCUUGCUAAACAUUUGUGAAACCAUGCCAGAUUGUGGUGAAAUCAAUGGCAAAACAGCUGCUGGAUGUGAAGCAGAAAACCUAACAUCAGUGAGGCUGGUGGAGUUGGACAAAACCUUGUAUCUGUCUAGUGAAGGGUUUCUAACUCUUACCUACAGAGGUCCUCUUCGUAUGCAAUCAGGAGCAUCAGACACAUUCACAGUGACUUUCCUCUGCAAUGAUUCCUAUCCUGGGGAGCUGAAGUUUGUGCGUGAAGAGAUAAACAGUUUGCUGAGCAUCCAUGAUACUUUUUUUGAGUUUCACACAGCAUUGGCCUGUGCUCCUGCCCCUGUUGACUGCCAGGUGACAGAUGCUGCUGGCAAUGAGUAUGACUUGAGUGACUUGAGCAAAGAGAAUGAACCAUGGGUUGCUAUAGACACUUCCAAGGAAGCAAAGAGAAGAACAUUUUUCCUGAAUGUCUGCAAGCCUUUGCCCAGUGUGUCUGGAUGCCCUGGUGGAGCCAUAGGAUCUUGUGUGAAAUACACUGAUAGAAGCCAGAACCUUGGAGUCAUUCAGCUAAACCCGCAGGCUGCUACUGAUGGGUCAUUAAGCAUUAUUUACUUGAAUGGUGACCCAUGCAAAGAUAAGCACCGUUUCUCCACACGGAUCAUCUUCCAGUGCGGUCAAACAAUGGGCUCACCAGUGUUUGAGCAACAGGAUGACUGUGAGUUCGUGUUUGUUUGGCGGACCUUGGCUGCAUGUCCUGUUCACAAAGCAGAUGGAAAAAAUUGCCAAGUGGAAGAUCCAAGAUAUGGUCAUGUUUAUGACCUGAAGCCACUUUCCAAUAAAGACAUAAAAGUGAGCACAGAUGAGUAUGACUACUACUUCAGAGUUUGUGGAGCAAUCACAGAACCUUGCAAAUCAGAGGCUGUCAAUGUGUCAUCAUGUCAAGUAAAGAAGAUGGACAAUACCUUCAGAAAAGUAGCAGGCUUGGUUACAGAAAAUCUGACUUUCAGGAAUGGUUUAAUAAUGAUUAACUACACCAAUGGAGAAAAAUGUCAUAAAAUAUAUGAAAGAUCAACUGCCAUUUUAUUCUACUGUGACAAGACUACAUCUGAGCCUGUGUUUUUGAAAGAAACUCCAGACUGUACCUACAUGUUUGAAUGGCAUACUCAAUAUGCUUGCCCACCUGUUAAAUCUACUGAGUGCUCCUACAAGGAUGACCAAGGAAACUUCUAUGACUUUUCAUCUCUGACACGACACAGAGAAAAUUGGGAGGCAAUUGCUCUGUCUGCUUCAGCACAGAAAUACUACAUUAAUAUCUGCAGGCCCCUAGUACUAUACAAUGCUGCACACUCCUGUCCUUCUGAUGCUGCUGCUGCUCUCGUGGAGGGUACAAGAUGUACAAGUCUUGGACAAGUGGUUGAUGGUCCCCGCUGGGAGAACUCUGUUUCUGUUCUGAAAUACGUUAACGGAGAGCUGUGUCCAGAUGGAAUUCGCAGGAGAGCAACAAUAUUGCGCCUCAAGUGUGACGAAAACAGAAUUGAAUCGAAGCCAGAACUGAUAAUGGCCAUUGAAGACUGUGAAUAUACAUUCUUGUGGUUCACUGCUGCUGCAUGUCCUCUUAAAAUCAAUGUGCAAGAUGACUGCCGGGUCACCAAUCCUGCAACAGGCCACCUCUUUGAUUUGACAUCACUGAAACGAGAGUCUGGCUACACCAUCACUGAUGCACAUAACAGAAAGAUUGAGUUGAAUGUUUGCGCUGAAGCUAAAAGCUCUUGUUCUGAUGGAGCUGCUGUCUGCAUCACUGAUGGUCCAAAAUCAAUUAAUGCUGGAAAAGCAAGUAAGACUUUAACUUAUGAGGAUCAGGUGUUAAAACUUGUCUAUGAAAAUGGAGAUCCUUGCCCCACGGACCGUAACCUGAAGCAAAACAGCUAUUUCAGCUUCGUGUGCAAUUCUGGCGCUGGAGGCGACAGCCAGCCUGUCUUUCUGUCCUAUGAUGAGCAGACGUGCACGAGUUACUUCUCCUGGCAUACUUCCUUGGCUUGUGAGGAGGAGGUGAGGUGUUCAGUAUUGAAUGGCAGCUCCGUCAUUGACCUGUCUCCUCUGAUCCAUCGCACUGGGUAUUAUGAGGCAUUUGUGGAUGAAGAUGGGACAGAUGUUUCUCCAGACUUCUACAUCAACAUUUGUGAGCCUCUUCAGCCUGUCAAAGAUGUCAGUUGCCCACCUGGAGCAGCUGUUUGCAUGGUUCCCAUUAAUGGAUCACCAGUAGAUAUUGGUCGUGUUACUGAACCUCCCAAGUUAAAUGAGGCAUUAAAUGAAGUUUACAUCACUUACAACAGUACUACUCCUUGUCAGAUAAACAACAAAAUGAACUAUACUUCUCUUAUUGUAUUUCACUGCAGCCAAGGAACUAGUCUGGGCAAGCCAAAGAUGAUAAGGAAACUUGGCUGCAGUUUUGUGUUUGAGUGGGAAACUCCAGUUGUGUGUCCUGAUAAAGUGAAGACUUUAGGCUGCUCUGUGUCUGAUGACCAGCUACACUAUACUUUUAACCUGACCAGCCUUUCUGGAAGGUCAUUUGAGGUAUUUUCUGGAUCCAACCAUUACACUGUUGGGGUAUGCAGUAAGGCUGCAGACUUGUCUCAGGGAGAAUGCAGAGAUGGGGCAGUGUGUCUGACGUCUGAAAGCGGAGCAUCCUCCUUUGGAAACGUGAAGGAAAUGAAAAUGGACUAUAGCCACCAGGAUGAAACAGUCAUCUUGCAGUACACAGGAGGUGAUCAGUGUCCUCCAGUGACUGAAAAGGGAGAGCUUUGUGUCCUCCCUUUCAAGUACAAAGGAAAAACCUAUAAGGAAUGUACUACAGAAGAAAAGAAUAGGCCAUGGUGUGCUACAACUGAAAACUACCAGGGAGAUGGAAAGUGGGGAUUUUGUGGAAAUGCAACUGCAAGAAGGGAGUCUACCAUUGUUUUCAUGUGUGAUGAAGGCGGUGGUGUGGGGAGGCCAUACCUCCUGAGCGAGACGCUUGGCUGCGCCGUCACGUUUGAGUGGAAGACUCGGGCUGUUUGUCCUCCCAAGAAGAUGGAGUGCAAGUUUGUCCAGAAGCACAGAACUUAUGACUUGAGAAUGCUCUCUUCCUUGACAGGAUCAUGGGUCUUCUUCCACAAGGGCAACUCGUACUAUGUGAAUCUCUGUCAGCGAGUACAUGAGGGACCUACAGGCUGCCCUGAGAGAGCCAGUGUUUGCAGGAAGAGUGAAAAUGGAGAUGUUCAAGUGCUUGGACUUGUUCAUACACAGAAGCUGAAUGUGACAGGUGAUGCAGUGUAUAUUAGUUAUUCCAGUGGGCAGGAAUGUAGGCAAAACAAGAAAGUAAAGACAAUUAUAGAACUGAAGUGUGCCAAAACCGUUGGCAUGCCCAUGCUGCAGAGGAUUGAUGAAGAAAACUGUGCUUACUAUAUCACAUGGGACACACGUGCAGCUUGUGCUGUGAAGCAGCAGGAGGUGGAGGUGGUGAAUGGAACAGUUAUUAAUCCUGCAACUGGGAAAAACUUCUCUUUAGGGGAUGUUUAUUACAAGUUGUACACAGCUUCUGGUGACAUACGGACAAAUGGUGAUAAAUAUGUGUAUGAAAUUCAACUUUCUGGUAUCAAAAACUCCAGUUCCUCCGAGUGCUCUGGAGCAAACAUCUGCCAGGUUAAAACUAACGAACGUCGCUUUCGGAGACUCGGUACCGCCACCGAAGCCAAAUUCUAUGUUAAGGAUGAUGACUUGGAUGUCGUGUUUUCCUCAGACUCCAGAUGUGGUAAAGAUAAAUCAAAGUUUGUCUCUACAACCAUUUUCUUCCACUGCAAUCCAGAAUCAAAGGAAGGCAUCCCUGAAUUCCUUCACGAAACAGCAGACUGCCAGUAUUUAUUUACCUGGUACACAUCUGCUGUGUGUCCAUUAAUAUCAACCAAUGAUCCAGGAAGCAGUGAGCACCAAACUAACCAGGAGGCCCAGGUACCUAAAGGCCUUUCAAGGCGAAGUCAGGCUGUUGGUGCAAUGCUGAGUGUCCUCCUCGUUGUUCUCACUGCGUGCCUAAUCAUCUUGCUGUUCUACAAAAAAGAGAGGAGGGAGAUUGUAAUGAGCAAGAUAAACUGCUGCAGAAGAACAUCUGGUGUGUCCUACAAGUACACAAAGAUAAAUAGUGAAGAGGAAGCUAAUGAGAAUGAGACAGAGUGGCUUAUGGAGGAAGUUGCAGCGCCAAAUCAAAGGACAACAAAAGCAAGGCAGGAGAAUGGUCACAUUACUACAAAGCCUGUUACAUCUGAAGCCUUUACCUCUCUCCACGUGGAUGACCUGGACAGCGAGGAUGAAGUGUUAACCAUUCCAGAUGUAAAGAUUCAGUCGGGAAGAGGACUAGACAAGGGAAAGCACCCACAAAAGAAGCCACCCGGUUUUGGAAGUGAUGACAAAGCUUGUUUGCUGAAUGGAGGGAAGGAAAGGAAAGCAAAACCCAAGCAGCAGGCACAGAACUCUACAAACACAGUAUCGUUCCAUGAUGAUAGUGAUGAGGACUUGCUGAAUGUUUAAUAACUCCUCUCGUGCCUAAUCAAAUAUAUAUAGAGAUAGAUUAUAUAUAACAGGACAACAUUUCCAACCAAAUAUGAAGACUUCGGCCCAAAAGAUUUUUUUUCUGACUUUUGCCUUUAACAAGAAACCAUUGAAAAGGGAAGAAGAGAAAGAUUUCUUGGUUGUUUACAAUGAUCUGUUCAGUAAUGACUGGAUUUCUGCCAUCCAGUUAGCUGAAUUACAUUUGACUCUCUGUAGCCAGGACACCUUUAUUUUUAGCCUUAGCAUGGAUGUUAAAUGCUUGUUCCAAAAAGAGAAAAAAAACCACAAACCUUUUAAAAGGAAAAGAAUUAAGGUUCAAUGAAGCCCCUGGCUCCUGAGACUCAAGUUGUCUGAACUACUUAGCAAUUUAACUCCUUGUAUUUAUUGAUCCUCACUACUCAGGUUUGCUGAAGAGCAACGCGUUUUUCCUGCCGGCAGGGUAUUAUUCUGUGGGUUCACCCAUUGUAAGACAAGGGAAAAGGUUACCUUUGGGGAUGAUUUGAUGUAAAUUUUGCAACUGCUCUAAUUUAUCCUGUAAAUUUGAAUAUUCAUUCUAAUUUAAACAGAUCAUUGGUUCAAAGGUAUUGACUGAAAGGUACAACUCUGUAUAGCUUUUGCUUGAAGUGGUUGCUCUUUGGUUUUUUUUUUUUGCAUGAUGUUUUGUUGGUACUGGUCAUGUAACUGACUUCAGUAUUUGCCUGAGCAGCUGACAAGCACCCAAAGAUUUUUAUUACUGGAAUUUCCCCCCCCCACCCCCCUUGGAUUAUGGCUGAGCUAGGCUGACUGCACAGAGAACCAGAGGCAUAAUUCCUAUAAUAUAGUCUGCACUGCCAUUAAGAAAAGCCCAACAGCUAGAGCAGCCCUGUCGUGACCAAUACCUCUCUCUGGUAUGAGUUGCAAGGAAAAAAAUUGGGCCAGUGUUUGCUGAUAAUCUGAAUUCUAGCCCUUGUGCAAUGAUCCUGGCCACCACAGCCACUGACUUGAAAAACUGCUGGUAAUGAAAGAAUGCAAGUCACCUUUCUUGCUUUCCUCCAGGUGUUUCCUAAAUGAAAUUAUGGGCAAUGAUCACAGAGUAUGUGUGGUGGUCAGAACUGUUGGACACUCUCCACUGUUCCUCUUGGCUGGCUCACUCAGUUUCAACAAUGGUUUCUUUUUUAUAUAAAAAAAAACCCUCCAUUUUGAAUCAAAAUAGUGUCAAGCAUUCAGCAAUUUCAAUAAAAGAGGUGAAGUGGGUAUUCAGA